GUGAAGGCGGGGGUGGGGGCGGGGAUGAGCCGGUGCAGCCGUCCAAUAGGCGUGUGGGGCGGGCGCGCGGAUGCGUAUACAUUUGAGAGGGGGGGCCCGUUGUUAACCCGGCGGGUGGGAGGGCGGUGGGUGGUGGGCGGUGUCGGUGGGCGGAGCGAUCACGAGUGUGGGCGGGGCUUUCCGCAGGGGGUGGCGCCUCGCGGGCCCCGGCCUCGCCUUUUGUUCGCGUCGCGCCGAGCGGCGAGGACGAGGCGGAGGAGGAGGCGGCGGCUCGGGCUGCCCUCCUUCCCUCCCUGCCUCCCUGGGUCUCUCCCACAACCGCGGUGUCUCCCCCGGGGUCACUCGACGGUUACGCGUUGCUUCCCCGUGCCCAUUUCCUUCCCACGCCCGCACGCACGCACGCCGCGGUGCCGACCCUCGGAACAGUGCGGGACGAGCGCGGGCUGCUCCCAUCGGCAACCGGCGUCGGCACAGGAGGAGUGGUUGAGGCGAUCGGCGUGGAUACAACAAACAGCGAGCGAGCGGCCGAGUGAGUGGGGAUAGGGGGGCUAGGGGACAUAAAGGGACAUCAAAAGGACGGGAUCCCGGGCUGCGAGGAGCUCCGAGCGAGCUGGCACCAGCCGAGCCGGGCCCAGCCGGCCUGGGGUUGGGGCCGGACUGGGGUGGCCGAGCCCGGCCGGGCCGGGUUUGCCCAGGGACGGACGAGCAGGGGAGGUCGCGCCGGGCUCGGCUCCCGGAGCUGCUGCCCCUGCGGGGGUGACGGGGUCGGGAUGGCCGCGGACACUCAACACAAUCGCCACCGCCACCACCACAGCAGCAGCCGCCGCCACCACCUGCACCUCCGUCGCGAUUGCUCGAGCGGCAGCCGAGUUGCGUUGUCGUCGUCUGCGGCGGCGUUGUUGUUGGCGUCGUUGGCACACGCGCUGAGCUGAGAGUCGGGUGGUCGGGCACUGGCGCCAAGUCCCCGGCCUCUCCUCCCUCCUCCUGCUCCUCCAACCCCCACCCCCCCACACCUCCUGCUGCACCUGCACCAGCUGCGCCGCAACCACCCCUGGGUCUCAGCCAUCCAGCAGCAGCAGCGCGUCUCGUCCAACUCGCAACACCACCACCGAUCACCACCACCACCAACAUCUCCACUACUUUCUUGCACGCCACCCGCCUGCUCGCUUGACUGUCGACCACUUUCACCUGCGCCAUCAUCGUGCUGACCAUCCCCUCCCCCUUCUCUCUCCCGCGAUAAUAAUCCCAUUAGCAUCACCACCUCGCUUAUCUUCACCUGCUUCACGACGAGCAGUAUCACCCCACCCCCCUCCAUCCUAAAUCAUCUCCCCGAACCAUCAGCUAGCACCACCACCCCCGCCUGCCCCGGCACAUCAUCCACCCCUCUCUACUCUUGCUCCACCACCACCACUACCAACCACAUUAAUCUACAUCUCCCUUUUCACCACCACCACCAUCAUCACAGCCGACAAUUUAGCUCCACCAUCUCACUCGCGCCGCGGCCACCUCCCCAACGUUGCUUCCUCUCCCUCCGCCGCCGCUGUUUGUUGAGUGAAGUCGUCGAGGCGAAGACGAAGAAGCAGCAACAGCAGCAGUAACAACAGCAGCAACAGCAGCAGUGGAACAAGACGUGCUGCUGUCCUCCUCCAUGGCGCUGUGCGGUGCAGCCGCCGCCGCGGGCCAGAGGCAGACGGCGUCUCGGCUCAUGGUCUACAACGGCGGCGUCCCCGCGGCCACGGCGGCCGUGGGGACGGGCCACAACCACCACCACCACAACCAUCACCACAGCCACAGCCAGCAUCACCACAGCCACAGCCAGCCUCAGCAGCAGCACCACCACAGCCAGCAGCAGCAGCACCACGCCGCUCACUUCCACCCGCAGCCUCAGCCCCAGCAGCAGCAGCAACAACAGCAGCAGCAGCACCCCGCAGCAGCGGUGCAUCCUCAGCACCCGGCGUCGGGCCCUCACGACUCGAGGCAGCCUUACUUCCCCUCGCCUGCACCGGCAGCGCCCGUGCAGGCGGCCGCGUCUGCAGCGGUGCACUCGCAUCAGCACCACCACCACCAGCAGCAACAGCAGCACCACCAGCAGCAGCACCCCCAGCAGCAGCAGUCGCAGCCCCCGGCAGGACCUCGGCUCCCGCCAGCGGGAGACGUGGAGCCAGAUCGGCCCAUCGGUUACGGCGCGUUCGGCGUUGUCUGGUCGGUGACCGACCCACGGGACGGGAAGCGAGUGGCGCUCAAGAAGAUGCCCAACGUCUUCCAGAACCUGGUCUCUUGCAAGAGGGUCUUCCGCGAGCUCAAGAUGCUCUGCUUCUUCAAGCACGACAACGUCCUUUCAGCCCUCGACAUCCUGCAGCCGCCCCACCUCGACUACUUUGAAGAAAUUUACGUGGUGACGGAGCUGAUGCAGAGCGACCUCCACAAGAUCAUCGUCUCCCCACAGCCGCUCAGCUCGGACCACGUCAAGGUCUUCCUCUACCAGAUCCUGCGCGGUCUGAAGUACCUGCACUCGGCAGGCAUCCUGCACAGGGACAUCAAGCCGGGGAACCUCCUGGUGAACAGCAACUGCGUUCUCAAGAUUUGCGACUUUGGGCUGGCGCGGCUGGAGGAGCCGGACGAGGCGCGGCACAUGACGCAGGAGGUGGUGACGCAGUACUACCGCGCCCCCGAGAUCCUCAUGGGCAGCCGCCACUACUCCAACGCCAUCGACAUCUGGUCCGUGGGCUGCAUCUUCGCCGAGCUGCUGGGACGACGCAUCCUCUUCCAGGCGCAGAGCCCGAUCCAGCAGCUGGACCUCAUCACGGACCUGCUCGGCACUCCCUCCAUGGAGGCGAUUAGGACGGCGUGCGAGGGAGCUCGCGCUCACGUUCUCAGAGGCCCUCACAAGCAGUCAUCCCUGGCCGCCCUCUACUCGCUCUCCAACCAGGCCACCCACGAGGCUGUGCACCUCCUCUGCAGGAUGCUCGUCUUUGACCCCACGAAGCGCAUUUCGGCGCGGGACGCCCUGGCGCACCCAUACCUGGAGGAGGGCCGCCUGCGCUACCACACGUGCAUGUGCAGCUGCUGCCACAGCGCGGGCACCGGGCGCGUCUACACGGGCGACUUCGAGCCGCCCGCCAACCCGCGCUUCGACGACUCCUUCGAAAAGAACCUCACGUCCGUGCGGCAGGUCAAAGAAAUGAUCUACCAUUUCAUCCUGGAGCAGCAGAAGGCAUCGCGGGUUCCGCUCUGCAUCAACCCGCAGUCUGCGGCCUUCAAGAGCUUCGUCAGCUCCACGGUGGCACAACCAUCGGAGAUGCCUCCAUCUCCACUCGUGUGGGAGUGAGCUGCGCCGGGGAUGCCGACACCCAGUGGCAUGGACGCGCCAACAAGGCAGACAAAGGCCGCAGAAGCCGGACUCGCUUCACCGACGAUUUAUUAUCAUUUUUAUUAUUUUAAAUCGAUUUUAACAGGAGAGAGAGAAAAAAAGUACACUUUGCACACAAGUAGAAAUUGCAGCAGCUCCUAAACCCGCUACGUGCAGUGUAGUUUUAACACCUGUGAACACUGCUGUUAAUUUCACAAUCGUCUCGUUUAGUAUUUGUCUUUGAUAUUUUUUGGCUUAUUUCAUUUGUGUUUAAUGAAGAAACGAAGUCGGGCCACUGGUUUCCACAGCAGAAGCUGACUGUGGAGUUAAAGACUCGGUUUUUAACAGCGACGAAUGUUUAAAGCUGCCAUCCGUCACGGCCUGGCUGUGCCCACACGCCACGUCCUGCGUGAGCGCGAGAGGCCUUAGGGAGAGGAACAACCCCCCCCCCCCCCCCCACGUGAAACGAGACUCCCCCCACCACCACCCACCGCCCCCCCACGCGCCCGUGCGUCUGGAACACAAGCAGCAGCGGCAGCAACAACGCCGGCUUCAAAUGCCGACCGUCGCAGCGUGACGAAGAAACUACGGAGUGUGUCCGCGGCGCCUCCAGCAUCUCUUCACGGGGCGACGUUUCGCAGGAUCGCGUUUCGCGGCCGCCGAGGUUCGGGGGAUGCGCGAAGGGGGAAAGCAGGUUUACAUUUUCCUGACAAGAUUAUAAGCGAGCUUGGUUUCACGGGCGAUUUUUUUUGAACCCGGCAAAAGUCAUCUCCGCGCUCGGAUGUGCCAGGAUGCCGGCAGGAGCCGCAUCUUAGGGCUGUUUGCUGUGCGCUGUCUGUGACGGCACGAGAGAAGAGAGAGCGCCUGCCGUGUCGCCGAGGACUCCGCUGUAAAACGAGGCUGCCCUCUCCCCGGCGCGGUUCGUCCCGGCAGUACGGCACACAUGUCAAUUGUGCAGCGGCCACUGCGCCUUCGGAAAAGCCGGGGCGGAAGGCGGAACAAAAAAAGCGGGGUUGUGGCAGCGCAGACGAUCACUUGAAUUCCUCGUCACCACUUGCGACGAUAGACGGGAGCCUCUUCAUCACCGUCCCCCUCCAUCCCUCAUUCCCCCGUGCCACCAUCCCCUCAUUCCCCAGCCGGGCCACGGGAACACAAGAGUUCGUGUCGAGGCCUCCCUACGCCGCGCGCGAGCGUCCGCUGCUGGGAUCUGCGGCGAUCGGCGAUGGAGGUGCCACAUCGACCGCCCCUGCGUUGAACGUUUUGCAGCUUUCAAACCCCCAGCCGUCAAUACGCUUCGGUCAACCUUUCAGCCAAAAACGUCGACCAAGGUGUAAUUCCUCGUCAGUGUUUGUUUUUAACUUCCUAAUUAUUAAGUGUUAUUUAUUUCGGGUCUUUUUUUUUUUUGCUCAUGCCAUUUUUUUCCCUCACGACGCAUAUUUUUUAUUCCGAUAAUGGCAACGUUACGGCCUAGCGUUAAAAGUAGGUCAUGCUGCUCAGCAGAGAUGGGAAGGAGGAAGGGGAGCAAAACCGUCGCAUUUUGUGACAAACGGAGGAGAUGGCCGGGGCUAGGAGCCGUGCAUCAAGUUGACAAAUGGUCACGCCAAGAUUUGGCUUCAGGGAGUUGAAAGAGACUGCUCUUAACACUGAUUCCAACGCCUCAAGCUUCUGCAUCGCUAACUGUACAUAGUUCGAGAGAAGUGAAGAUGGUGGCACAGCGAUGUAACUGGAGAGUUCCCUUUUUUAUUGCUUUUUUCAAGUUGUACAUCUUUGCUUUGGAGCUGCCUGCAUUCAGCAUUGACUGGACUGAACAAUGAAGCGGAAAUAAGUAGGUUUUUUUUUUCCCCUCCGCCCCCCCCACCCCCCCAUAAAUAUUAUCGUUAUUAUUCUAUUUGCGAAUCGAGGCAACGGGAUCGCUUUCCCUCGGACUUGGGUUUUCUAUGAAGGCCUUCCGCGAUGGCUACCCGCCCACCCCGCACCGCUUCUUCCCGUCGGCCUCGGCCGGGCCCUUGGGACCAAACGAGCGACCUUGGUCACCGCUCCCGCAGCAGACGGGGGUUCCACGUGCCGGCGGCAGCGGCGGCGGCGGCGUUGUCUUCUAUUGCGACGAACCGACGCCCGCGUCCGGAGCCACGCGCCGAGGUUGCUGCGGGAGCGGGCGGCAGGAGGAGGCUGCCGGGAAGGCCCCCCCCCCCCCCCCAAUGGUUUCCUUCCCACGCCACCUUGCACCUCAGUGGCUCCCCAAAAAGGUCGUCGGGCCAGCGGCGUCUUUGUCCGACGAGCGAGGAGGGUAGCGGAGGCCCCGGCCCCCCUAUUUCCAGCUGACCCAAAGCCCCGUGCUCUGAUGGGUGGAGCGGUAGGGGGUGGGGGCUGGGUGUUGUGGGGGGCUCCAGCCAUUGCGUGGUAUCUGGCUACUGGGUUCUGCGCGGCGGGAGUGACGGGCGCACGUGUGCGUGGCGAGGCUCCGGUACGAGGCGCCCCGAUGGAGCUGAAUCCUGGUCGCGUGUGGUUGAUUGCGGCCGCGCUUUGCUCGUCGAUGUGAAAAUGGGCAACUCGUUGCUUGGGGGCGGGGAUGGCGGUGUGCUUGCAUAGGAGGCGAAAGGUUUUAGGAGAACAAACCGCAAGGAUCGGGGUGAAUGGUGUCGGGUGGUGGUGGUGGUGGUCGUCGAGGGGGAGGAGGGAGGGUGUACAGUUUUUGGAUUUGGAGUGGUUGAAGGUGUGUGGUGUGUGGUUGGGGUGGAGCUGAGGCGAUCUCGCCUAAACCAGGAAAAGUCUGCGAAAGCAUCACUUUUAAUUUAUCAAUGCAAUGUGAAGAGUUCAAUUUUAGGGCAAGAAAAAAAACGUCAUGGCGGGGGGGGGGGGCGGGGCGGGGGAGGGAGGUUGCCCUUUUUAUAAUUGCAAAAGCCGUCACAGAUUUUAAGUUGCUUAACCUUCACAACGGCUCUGGUAGCCCGCGUCAUUUGCUUGCGCAGAUUUCUUCCAAGCGCUGACGGUGCACUGCCGCGUGGCGUCCCUGGUCCAGCGUCGUCUCGGAGGCUUUCGUUUCUUCACGCGCCCUCCACCAACACCCGCACCUUAAGACUACCGCGCCGACCAAAAAAAAAACACGAAAAAACUUUACCUGGCACCGACAGGUCCAGUACAAAACCUAAUGUGCUACCUUUAAUGUGUACAGCUCCGGUAGAUUUUUUUGUGGGUUCACUGUAAUAUAGUCCGGUUUGUAAUUUAUGCUGAUGUUUAAAAAAAAAAUGUAUAUUUA